CCAAAUGGCAGUGGUGUCAACUCCUCCUCCGAUUCAGAGAUUUCUAGGGUUUGUGUUUCCUUUUUUUGAUUCCUUAUUGUUGUUUAAUUUGAGCUUCCAAUCUGUUCUCACAUGCUGGAUUUCAAUGAUUCUUAUUGAAAAGGUUUGCAGUGAUUAAGGUGCCAAUUUUUGGCUUUUCUCCUUGAAUCAUAUUCGAUAAUCCUGCGCUUCCAUUUCGUUUGAUAAUUAGGUUUUGAUUUCUCUAGUUUUCUUUCAAAAAAGAGGUAAAUUGAUGGUGUUUUCUUGCUUUUCUGCUACUCUAAGUUGCGGAUUCCUGGUUUUUACCCGCAAAAUCAUUCUGAAAGUCUCUGAUUUCUCUCCCCGGAGAUUGAUAAUCCACAGUUAGCGACACCUUCUUGCUCAAAGGAGACAACUUGUUUCAAUCUUCUCAUGACUUUCUAUUUUCUUGAGUACCAUCACCCGAUCUCCAAUCUCCUCUCAAUUCAAUGAGUAAUUUUAGGAAAAAAGAAAAAGUCAGGUCUCAAUCUUCAUUUUUGCCUUCACAUGAUACCAAGAAGCUCAUGAGCUUAUCAAAUUCAUGGUUAUAGAUAUGAGCAAAUUAGUGUCUCACAGUCAACCUUAUGUUGCCCUUGUUUUUCUGCUCUGUUUGUUCUGUAAGCGAUCGGAGUCCGUAUGCUAUGCAGGAUGUGAUCUUGCACUUUUAUCCUUCUUUGUAUCACCCAACUUGAAUCUCAGCUACAUAUCAGCCCUCUUCAACCAGACUAGCGCAAACAUCCUAGCUUACAACCCCAGCAUCUCCAAUGAGAACAGCAUCCAGGCCGAUAAACGCAUCGACAUCAGCUACAGAUGUGAUUGCAUCAAUAAUGACUUCCUUGGCCACACUUUCUCCUACCCUGUUCAGCACAAGGAUACCUAUGAAAUUGUGGCAAAUGUUGUUUUUGCAAAUCUCACUACUGCUGAGAUGCUUGCUAGGACCAAUAGCUACCCUUCUACAAGGAUCCCUGACAAUGUGAUACUCAAUGUCACUGUGAAUUGUUCAUGUGGGAAUCUAUCUGUGUCUAAGGCUUAUGGGUUAUUUUUGACAUACCCACUUCGGCCAGGAGAAACCUUGGCAUCAGUGGCCUCAGAUAUUGGAUUCACCACAGAUAACAUGCUGUUGCAGAAGUUCAAUCCUGGUGUUAACUUUAGUGCCGGAGAGGGCAUUGUGUUUCUGCCUGUAAAAGAUUUGUCUGGAAGUUAUCGCCCACUAACUUCAAGCAAAGGUGUUUCAAAAGGUGCAAUUGCUGGAAUUUGUGUAGCUGCUGUAGUUGCAUUAUGUCUGGUCAUCUAUCUAUAUACAAGAAAAUAUAAGAGAAAGGAGACUAAGCCACCAGUAGCCCAAUCAACAAUUGCAGAACACGCAGUGAUGCAAGGAGGUACUUCAGCUUCUCCAGGUAAAACAACCCCAGUAUUAACUCCUAGAGCUGGAGGCAGUUCUCCUUUCGGCGGCAUAACUGUUGACAAAUCAGUGGAAUUUUCUUACGAAGAGCUUGCAAAGGCAACAAAUGAUUUUAGCAUCACUCACAAAAUUGGUCAAGGUGGUUUUGGGGCUGUUUACUACGCUGAGCUCAGAGGGGAGAAAGCUGCUAUCAAGAAGAUGGAUAUGCAAGCAUCAAGAGAAUUUCUUGCGGAGCUAAAAGUCUUAACACAUGCUCAUCACUUGAAUCUGGUCCGCUUAAUCGGAUAUUGCACUGAGGGAUCCCUGUUUCUUGUCUAUGAAUUCAUUGAGAAUGGCAACUUAAGCGAACAUUUGCGUGGCUCAGAUAGAGACCCUCUUCCGUGGCAUAUUAGAGUGCAAAUAGCAUUGGAUUCAGCCAGAGGUCUUGAGUAUAUCCAUGAGCAUACUGUUCCAGUAUACAUACAUCGUGAUAUUAAAUCUGCAAACAUUUUAAUUGACAAGAAUUUCCACGGCAAGGUUGCAGAUUUUGGAUUGACCAAACUCACUGAAGUAGGAAGCACAUCACUUCCGACACGCCUCGUUGGUACAUUUGGAUACAUGCCUCCAGAGUAUGCACAAUAUGGUGAUGUUUCUCCAAAAGUCGAUGUUUAUGCCUUCGGUGUAGUCCUCUAUGAACUCAUUUCUGCUAAAGAAGCUAUAGUAAAAGCCAAUGGCUCCACAACUGAAUCAAAGGGAUUAGUAGCUCUGUUUGAAGAUGCUUUGAUCAAACCUGAACCAAGAGAAGAUUUGCUGAGUUUAGUUGACCCAAAGCUCGGCGAAAACUAUCCAAUAGAUUCAGUUCUUAAGAUGGCACAACUUGCAAGAGCAUGCACACAAGAAAACCCUCAGCUUAGACCAAGUAUGCGAUCCAUCGUCGUCGCAUUAAUGACAUUAUCUGCAUCAACAGAAGACUGGGAUGUGGGAUCAUUUUAUGAGAAUCAAACUAUAGUGAAUUUGAUGUCUGGAAGGUAGCAGUUGAAAAUCUGUAAAUGCAGUACUGUUCCCUAUGAGUUGAGAACCAUAAACACCAGAAAUGUUUUUGUUUGUUACUUUUGUCUUGUAAUUUUUGUUGAGCUAGGAUUCAUUAUUUAUUGUAAAUUAUGGUUUAGUUUGCACAUCAAUAUGGCGUUUUAUUUGGUC